GAUAGAUGAGACUGCUCUGCAUGCGAUGUCCUGUGUUUGCAUAGACGAAAACACCUUUCGAUAUGCAAGAUGGGGAAGGAUAUUCCUGUAGACUGCUUUUAUUUCCAGCUGUGCUCAUUGAAUGUUUUGAAACCCUGCUUGGAUCUGUGCUAAACCCAUGGGCGUCUACAUCGAAGUCAAGCCUGACGAGAAUUUCGAUCCAGCUCACAGCUAGCGCAUGAUAAAUUAACCCCUCUGCUUGCAUGUGAAGAGCUAGAUGUGGAUUAAAGCACUGACGACCAGAUCAACACUGAGUGUUUGACGGAGAAGUGUAUUGGCCAAACAAACCAGCAAGGAUACCUUCAUCGAAGCAACCGAGAAGCCACAUUUUAAGGACGAUGGACACCUUGUCCCAGAGCUCCAGGCUUGAGUGCCAAAUCUGUUUCAACUACUUCAGCCAAUGGCGCCGUCCCAAACUCCUGCACUGCCAGCAUACCUGCUGCUCCGUGUGUCUGAGCCAGAUGAGGCUCAGCCAGAGAGAGCUCCGCUGUCCUUGGUGUCGUUGUGUGACGCAGAUCCCCGGCGGCCUUUCGGUCUCACAUCUUCCAGAUGACCCGGAAGUACUUUCAGUUAUCGGUCUGUCUCACUCCUCCGAAUACUCUCCCAUCUUUAUACACUUACCCAAUAGCAGUUGCUACCUGCUGCCUGUCAAUUUGGACACAGAUGGGGCGUUACUUCCUGGAGAACCGGCAUGCCGAUUUGUUCCUAAAAGCAUUGGGGUGUUAAACAUCUCUGAUGGCAGGAGCCUUGUGCUGGGAGAUGACACGGGUGAGGAGGGGACGGAGGAGGUGGCAGUUAAGACCACAGCAUGGACAGGAGUUUGCACUGUACUACUUGUGGCAUUCAUUUUGAUUUUUCUGCUCGGUAUCGUGUUGCAUAACAUGUCCUGUGUCUCCAAACGCUUCACUAUUAUUUCCUGUGGAUGAGACCGAUUAAUCAAUUUCAAUUGUAAAGGACCUACCAAUAUGGCUCAAUCUCUUAAGUGAUUUCAGAUGUGAUUGUGAUUAGGUACAUCACAUACCUAUGGUGAUUAUAUACUGUAGAUGAGCAGAAGGGAAUGAAAGAAGUCAAGGGCACAAUCUAUGCAAUCUGUGGUAUUUCAAAAGCCUAUGAAAGCCCUGGUUCAUUCAUUCUUAGGGAAUGUGUUCAAUUAAUGUGCAGAAAUGUCAUUAAAGAGGUAUUCUUUAGCUGUAUUGACUCCAUGUAUUUGCAUGUCUUGUACCUGAGGGAAAUUAACUUGGUCUCUAAUACUACAGUAGAGUUGUGCGUUAUUGAGUUGUGCAGUUUGUGACUGAAAAAUAAAAUGUAGAAAUGAAAUUACAUAUUACUACGUAGCUGCACUGCCUUUAAAUAAUGUUCAUUGCUGUGUGUAUUUGAUUGGUGUAUGUUUUAUGGUGUUUCAACUAAGCAGUUUCUUUACAUUUUUGACUUUGCCUUGGAUUAAAUGAGAGAAAACAUCA